AUGCGUACUAUUGAUAGUAUUUAUAGCGAAUAUUGUAAAAGGCAUGAAGAUGCUGAAUGUAAAGAACAAAUUCAAGGAAAAACAACAAGUUGGGAUUUAGGCAGUUUAUUAAUUAAACCAGUACAACGAGUACUAAAAUACCCCUUAUUAUUAAAAGAGAUUUUAUCCCUUACUUCAACCGAAGAUAAAGGAUAUAACGAACUCUUUGCUGCAGUGAAAGGGAUUCAAGAAGUAGCAGAUAAUAUCAAUGAAAUCAAAAGAAGAAAAGAUAUUGUAGAAAAAAUUGUAGGCGAAAAAAGACGAACGGACAUUAAUUUUACGAGGAGAGCGCAGAGACUGAAGCAGGCUACAGGAUUUGCAGUUGAACCAACUUAUGAUUCUCAGUUUGAAACAUUAAAUAGUAAAUUCGAAGAACAACAAGAAUAUAUACGACAGUUUGCAAGAGAUGUUCAAGGAUGGGUUCGACAUGUAAAAACUACAUUUGAAAACCUUCAACAACUUGCGUGUAGUAUGGAAUCAUUCUAUAGCUCAUGGGGAGGUGUACAAGUAAAAUGCUUGACACAUAUUAGUGAUUUUAAUCGAAUGGCUUCACGUCUAUCAACAAAAUUAUCCAGAGAAUUGGAUAAUAAUAUACGUGGCUAUAUUUAUAGUCGUAUUGAUGAAUUUCUUAAAGUAUUUGAAAAUCCGGCUCAGGUGAUUCAUAAACGAUCAAUGAAGAUGAUUGAUUAUGACAGAGUUAGAGAUAUGAAAUUAAAAGGUGACAUUCCAGAUAAAGCAUUACAAGAAUCUGCUGAUGCUUAUGUAUCCAUUAAUGCUCAAUUGGUGGAAGAGCUACCUAUAUUUUUUGGAUUGACAAAAAAAUUCUUUGAUAUUCUAAUAAGUGAGCUCGCACUGGUUCAGAUCAAGUUUUAUAAACUGAUGCAGAAGGAAUGGAGAAAUUUAAUAGAACAAUACUUGGGAUUACAGGCAGCGGAUUCCUUUGAUGAGAUUCUGAUACACCAUGUUCAAGAGAUGGAUAAAGUCGAAGAAAUAGCGAGUCAAAUUACUAUAUUGAAUCGUAAUAGAUAUGCUGCUAGUUCUCGUAGUAAUUCCUCUAAUUCUACAACAAUGUUGAAACAAAGAUCAAAAGAUACAUAUUCCUCAUCAAGAUCAAUUAAUACUGAUAACGAAAUGACAUUUAGCUCUUAUUUUGGGCAAACAUCUAAUUCAUUUCAACCUACUGAAGAACCAGAAAAUUUGAUUAAUUUAGAAGAUUAUGAUACGGUGAUGGUACCGAUUUCCACAACUGAUGAUUUUAAUUGUAUAGUACUUUAUGAUUUUGAGACACAUGAAGAAGAUGUAUUAGAUGUUAAAAAAGGGACAAUAUUAAGAAUAAGUCAAGAUAAAGAUUUCAUUGAUCCAGAUUGGUGGUAUGGAACUACUCUUGAUGAUUCCCGAUCUGGUUGGGUGCCAAUUAAUUAUUGUAAAAAAUUAUAAAUGCGCGGCUUAUGUUAAACAAAUACUGUAUAUCUUAUACUAUUGUAUAUAAUACUAAUACAUAAUAAUACACUAUAUUUAGAAUUUAUUGUGGCUGAUAAGAAUUUCUUUUCAUUUUUUUACCCUUUUUG